UAACCGCUCUCCAAUCCAUGGGCCUCUCCGUGGGCCGCGACCCCUGCGGCAACCCAUCUCCCCACGACAACGCCACCGCAUGCGACUCCUCCUCCCCUUUCCGCCACCUCAUCUCCCUCCGCCUCGCCAACUGCUCCCCCGACCUCGAGCUCUCCCCGACCGCUCUACGCUCCCUCCACACUCUCCGCUCCCUCUCCUUCCUUCGCUGCCCCAUAACUCCCAUCAAAUGCUUCCCCUCUCCUCUCGCCGCCUCCCUCCGCUCCUUCUCCUGCAUCUCCUCCCUCCGCCCUCUCCCCGCCUCUCUCCUUUCCCAUCUCCAUAACCUCACCUACCUCUCCAUCAUCGACGUCCCCAUUUCCCUUACUUCCCCCUUCAUCAUCUUCUCCCAGAUGCACAGCCUUCUCUCCGCCACCAUCUCCAACACCACCCUCUCCGGCCAACUCCCCCGCCACUGGCAUUCCCUCACCCUCUCCCACCUCGAUCUUUCCUUAAACGCUCUUAAAGGCCCCGUUCCAGGCUCCAUCAGCCUCCUCGAAUCCCUAGAGUUUCUCAAUUUCAGCUCAAACUCUCUCUCAGGACUUCUCCCGGAAGCCAUUGGCGACCUAAUCUUUCUCAAAACUCUAUCCCUCUCACGGAACUCUCUCUCCGGUCCCAUUCCGGAAACAAUGGCCGCAUUGCCGGAGCUCACUCAACUCGAUCUGAGCUUCAAUCAGUUCAACAGCAGCAUACCCCGCUUCUUAUCGGAGAUGAAAUCGUUGAAGCGUUUGAAUCUGGAGAGCAAUAAUUUCGAGGGUGUUCUUCCCUUCAACGCUUCCUUCAUUAGCAGAAUGGAGGUUUUCAAGGUGAGCGGAAAUAGCAAUCUCUGCUACAAUCGUUCGGUGCUAUCGUCAAAAUUGAUUCUCGGGAUCGCUCCCUGUGAUAAGUACGGCUUGCCGGUGCCCCCGCCGCCGGGAAAAGGGGACAAGGACGACUCUUUCUCCGAUUAUGACUACGGUGGUGGAGAAGACGACGGUGGUGGCGGGGGGAAGAAAGGUGGCGGAGGGCAGCAUGAGGUGAAUAGGCUCGUGCUGGGAGUGGCUAUUGGUCUUUCUUGUUUGGUUUUCCUGGUAAUUUUUCUUGUCUGCCUCUCCAAGUUAUGUGGAUGAAUUAGGGAUAUUUUAAUCUAUUAUUAUUAUUAUUAUUUUAAGGUUUUU